GUCGUUUCUAUGGAUACCAGGUGGCCCAAACUUUCUCUUCCAUCACUUCGGCGGUUUUAAAAAAAUGAGUAAAGAUUAUUGUAAAUAUGACAUGGCGCGGCUGCGAACUGAACUGGAGCAAGAACGAGAAAUCAAGUGAGAGACAUGCUGGAGGAGUCCGUACGGGACCUGCAGAGCACCAUGAGGGAACUUCAGGACAGACUUAACGGGGUCGACGGCGAAGAAAACGAGUGGAAGACCAGAUACGAAACCCAGACCGAGGUCAACGUACAGCUCCAAAGGCAGCUCGUUGUUAUCCACGAGAGGCUGGAAGACCUGCGUGGGAACCCAGUGGAUCGUCUGGCUUCCAUCCGAUCCUUCGACGACAUGCCACCCGAGUCGUUGCGACAUCACCUCAAGCUGCUCGUUGAUGAGAAGUCCGGCCUGCAGAGCCAACUGGCCGACUGUCGCGUCGGCAUCGAACAGGAGGCGAAGGUCAGUCGGACGGAAGCUUCUGCAUUGCGUGCGUCUGCUCCGUGCAAACUCUCUUCUCUCUUGGGCGGGAGCCUGAAUCAGGUGUUCCACAAAACCAACGACGAGAGGCGAGCCUACAUCUCGGAGAUCGCCAAGCUGUCGUCGACCAUGGACGCCCAGAGGAAGCAGUACUCCGUGCAGCCACGGAGGGCCACCGAGAGCAAACUAAGAGAGAAGCAGCCGAGCAGAAAGUCCGAGGCCGACACCAAGAAGGGCAAAGUCAGAGAGAGCGACGGCGGCCGAGGAGGAAGAGGAGGAUGUGUGAAAGGUGGAGGAGGUGGAGAAGGAGAGCUGAAAAAAUCCCACCUUGGGAGCAGGUUGCCCACCCUCAAACAUCACGUGAAACACUGACUCACCUCAACAUGUCUUCUUUUUGUGGAACUCACACACACGCGCACACAAAGCUUUCUUUGGACCGCACGCGUGUUACACAUCCAACGCACAAUCGGACGCCCACGUGUGUGAACGCACGUAGGCAGAAGACCCUACUGGACUAUAAUGUUGUCCAAAAUUAUCAUUUUUCUCUUCUUUGUGGGCGCAAACAAGUAGAGUGGUGUAUUGGGACACAGAACGGGUAUUUACACAUGUGCGCCACGUAGAUGUUAGUUAUGUUACUCCAUCUAUGGCGUUUUGCAUUUUUUGUUAGCAUUAAGUUAACGCAGACUCAACACGGUUCAUGUCUCAAAAACGCUUACGUGUUGUCACUCGAAACCAUUGGAGCUUAGUCAAUACAAUAAACUGUGCAUAUUCUUUUUUUUUUUUUUUUUGGGUGGGCGGGCUCUUAUUGGGGCAUGCAUGUGUCCAACAGAUGUCACAAUAUGAAUACUUGGAGUAUUUUCUGUACAUUUAUACGCUCGCAGUUUUGUUUUGGUGUUGAACUCUGUUUACAACGCGUUUAAGAAGUCGAAAUGUGAUUCAAAACAUGUGAGGGUGUAACAUUCUAUUUAAGAAUGACAUUUUUUAAAUGGUCCCUUGAUACAAUAUUGCAGAUAUUUGUAUCUCCCACGACAAACGGGCCUUCUAGCUGUACUCGCUUUUGAUGUUUUUUGUUGUUGUUGUUGGUAGGUUAGGAUAUUAUUGAAUUGUCACCUGCAAUUUGUACCCUUAUUGUGAGGGUGUUUCUAAUAAUUUGACUGCCUGCUUAUCUUCAAAUGCCAAAAUAUUAGACAGACCCCUGCAACGGACAAGCACAAUCCUCAACAUUAAAUGAUUACCUUUGUGUGCAGAUGACUACAGAUGUGUGCUUUGUCAGUCCAAGUUCUGAAAGCUCUGACCAACCAAUCAGAAGAUAGGAAACUGGUGACGUCAAUAUGGACCAGCUAGCGAAACGUCUGCGACGUCUUGCUCACCACUAGAUGUCGCCACAGAGCCACAAAAUAUGACUUCAGAUGCUUUCAUGUUUACCUAUACGGAUAUGAUAUGUACUUAACUUUUGUGGAAGCCAUUCUCUCACAGAUAUGUAUAAAAAUGGUGUAAUCAUUUCUAUUAAGUAAUAACGUGCAUUAUCUUGGUUCCUCGUGUCAUAUUUUAAGUGUUUGUGAACAAGUG